CUGCGGGUAUGGCGUCAAUUUGAAAACAACGGAACUUGAAAAAAAUCAUCGCGUCCUUUGCAGCGUGCUCCGUUCGCAUCUCAUUUAUUGAAAAAACAUAACGUAUUUUCAAUAGAAAUUUGUGUUGAAUCAAGGGAUCCACAGCGCAGGCAGUCCCUGCACGUGAAAUUCUAUCCAGAGAUACAAGGAGCAAACCGAAAAUGGCGCUAUCCGCCUUGGCGUCCUUUGAUGAUCUGCGACGCUGCAUGCAAGUGCUAACCGAUGGAACUGCCGAAGAGGAGUUCCUGCGGUUCCUGCGCAUGUUCGAGCAGUACCACGAAAAGUGCGCGGGCUAUGCGGCCGAGACGGCCAGGAUCCAGAACGAGCUGGACAAGUCGCUGACCAAGAUGGGCGACCUGGAGGGCAAGCUCUUUCACGCCCGUCGCAUCAUCGACAUGGAGAUCAAGGCGCGUCGCCAGGCGGAGCACGAACGGGACGCCAUGGAGGGCAAGAUAAUGGCUGUGGCCGAUUUGCUGCGCCACGAGCGCAAUCUGAACAACGAGACCCGCGACAAGCUGGCCUUCCUACACACACUGCCCUCGUCGAGGAAGCGCAAAUCCCUGAACGCCGUGCGUGAGGACAAGUCCUAUGGCGACAUCAACUCCACCGGCUCGCUGCUGUCCGAUCUGUCCAUCACCCACUCCGAGGACGACUUCCUCGACGUGCGCACAUCGAAGUCCUGGCGGGAGCACCGACCCUCGCUGCCCAAGAACCCGAUUCCUUGCGUGGGCAAUAAGAGAUCGCGCCUGAGUACGGGUCUCAACGGCAGUGUGUCCGGGAAUACCCCAACCACCAGUAAGUCACGGCGCUCUGGCGUCGGCAUCGGAGUGGAGCAGCACACGGUGGACGUGGGUCAGGGCGCUGAGCGCUUUUGUGCCACCACCAAGGUCACCAUACCACAGGACGGGCAGGGCGUGAUCCGGGCGGAGUCGACCAUUGAGUCACUGCCGGUGAUUGGCGGUCACGAGAGGAUCUGUGAGGGUCUAUCCUCGACGCCACGUCGAUCGGUCCUGAAGGAGGCCACCGCUCCGCCUCUGACGCCGGUGAAUGCAAUGGCGCCGCAUGUGGCCGCCGAAUCCGGCACUCCUCUGCAGCACCGUCCGCUGAUGAGGAGCCACACUUUCAGCCAGAAGACCUUUUUGCGCGGCGACAAUUGUGUUCAGUGCCAGAAACGCAUUCGGUUCGGGGCCGUUGGCCUGAGAUGUCGGGAUUGCCCGGUACGCUGUCACAUCGAUUGUCGCUAUCUGCUUACCGUCAGCUGUGUGCCGCAGACGGGAACGCCCACAACCAAGACCAUGACCGGCUACGUGACCGACUUUGCCCCGUCCAUUGCACCCAUGAUUCCGGCCCUUAUUGUGCACUGUGUAAACGAGAUUGAGGCCCGUGGCCUCAGCGAGGUGGGCCUCUAUCGGGUAUCCUCGUCGGAGCGGGAGUACAAGGCCCUCAAGGAGCAGUUCCUGCGCGGCAAGGCCACUCCGCAUCUGGGCAACACAGAUAUCUAUGUGCUGUGCUGUUGUGUGAAGGACUUUCUGCGGUCUCUUACAGAGCCGCUUAUUCCGACCAGCCAGUGGAAGGAUUUCGCAAACGCAGUGCAGAAUCCCGAUCCCAAAACGGCCCAAGAGAUGCUGUACAAGUCGGUGAAGCAGUUGCCGCAGGCAAAUCGGGAUACGCUGGCCUUCCUUAUACUGCAUUUCCAGCGCAUCGCUCAGUGCCCAGUGGUGCUCAUGCCGAUCGAUAAUAUCGCGCUCAUCUUUGGUCCCACCAUUGUGGGCUAUUCCACGCCGGAUCCCGAUCAGCACGCUAUUUACACAGAGGUCUUCACACAGAAGCAGGUGAUGAAGGCGCUGCUCGAGUUGCCCGUUUCGUUCUGGGAGCAGUACAUCGUCAUAGAUACGACGCGGACGCCGGGAACAGUGAUCAAGCGGGUGCCCAGCAGCAAACAUGAUCUACUCUCGCUAUAUGCCACUCCCUUCAAAGGAGGCACCAUUAAAAAGCGAAAGUUUUUGGGCACACCACCGGCAUCCGCCCACAAGAAAUAAGUAGACUUUUCUUGUCGAAAAGCAUUUGACGUGUUACUUAAAUUUACUUCAAGUAUUUGCAGUUUUUUGUUUCCGGCCAGCUAUCCCCCAGCUGUAUUUAUAUUUGUACCCAACUAACAACGUUUUUCUUUAUAAUUAAUUCGCUCGAUUAUAAGCUAAAGCACUUUAUUCGUACUAACAUAAGUAUACUCACUUUGAGAACUAAAGUAAAAUAUGCAUUUGAAAAGCAAUGAGAGAACAAUGAACAACUAGAUUAAUAAAUGAACACAAUAUAAGGGUUUUUAAUCCCUGAAACUGA